UCGCUGGUCUUGUCAUCAUCUGUGUUCCGGUGUAACGAGAAGCAACGAGAGAAGUCUCCACUGUAGUACUAUAGCGGGCACACACGGCGGGGAAAUGAAGCGGUUCAUUACCGUUGUGUUGUCGUUUCUGAUGGUGGGACACGUCCAGGCUUGGGAUGACGGCAGUGUGCUGCUGCGGGAUGUCCAGGUGCUGACACUGUAUAAGGGUCGCUACACCACAGCGGGGCGCUCCAGCCCCGUCCUUCAGCUCCAGUGUGUUGGAGGGUCAGCAGGCUGCCAGGCCUUCAUCCCAGAGGUGGUCCAGUGUCAGAACAAAGGUUGGGAUGGAGUGGAUGUACAGUGGGAGUGUAAGACUGAUAUGGACAAUGCGUACCAGUUUGGAAGGCUGGAGGUGAGCUGUGAGGGCUACAGCCACCCUGCUGAUGCCUACAUACUGAAGGGCUCCUGUGGGCUAGAAUACUCACUGGAACUGACUGAAGAGGGCCGGAGGAGGACACAAGGCAGCUCGGGCUCCCACAGUGGAUUCAAGGGAUUUGGAGAUCUUGGGGGCUUCGCCUCCAGUUUCUUCAGCGCUUUUUCCGGAAACAAGUAUCAGCAGCAGAGCCAUCAAAGCUCAUACCCCUCGGGCAGCGAGAACUCAGGUGGCCUGCUGGUGGUUGCUGUGCUUCUGCUCUUAGCCUAUGGUGUCUACAAGCUGUUCCUCGUUGGGAACACAGCCCAGUGGGAGCAGGACGGAGGACAGCCUGGGUACCCCAGAGAUAAUCACUACGGCUCCACUGCAGGACCACCACCCCCGGGAUUCAAACCUGACUUCACAGGCUAUCCUGGUGCCAACCCAGGCUACGGUUUCCGUAGUGACUACACUCAUGGACAACAGUACCCAGGAGGCCAAGCUGCUCCCGGCACAGGUGGAAACUUCUGGACUGGCAUGGGGACAGGUGGAGUGCUGGGGUAUCUGUUUGGCCGUCAAAGAAACCAGCCCUAUAACUACAACCACUCCAGUUACACCAACAGCAGACAUCCUCCUGCUGCAGACUCCUCCUCCUCCUCUGGGACACGCACUGCUUCAGGUUUUGGAGGUACUAAGAGAAGAUAGAAGCUGUGGAAGUGGGCAUAUACUCCACAGUGGAUGACUCAAGCAGUUUUUAAAGCGGUGCACUAAUGACAGAUGAACUUGGUGUUUGCUGGUGGCAAGUGAAACAUGACAAACGCCUCUCGUGCAGAGAUCAGCCUGUCAAACAAUACAAUAAUUUUGCUACUCAGUACUGUGUUCCUCUGGAAUGCUCACUGUGAUUUCAGCUGCAACAGGAUGCUCUUGUUUUUCUGUGAACAUGUGGUUUGACCUUUGCCUAGAAGCUUCAGCGUUUGGAAGAAUGUGGUUCAUGUGGUUUAAGAAGAGGAUCUUGAUCUUGGAGCUUUUUGUGGGAAGAUUUCAAUGUGAAUCCACUCUUUAAUUUACACAUUAAACAGUGACACUGUCACACCUUUUGCAUUCACAUAAAGUAAAUUACAGAUAUGUGCUCCUAUGUUUAAUUGCAGUCAGGUAAGAAUCAUGACUAUGAUUUUUAAUCAGUAAAUCAGUAAAUACUCAUGGGGAAAUUAAGACAAAGUAUAAACCAUGUGUAUGGCUGGGGUGUGUAUGAGUCAUAUACUGUGCCAGUUAAGCAUAGUGUACAUUUCUACUGCUUUCAUUUAAUAAAUUCAACAAUAUAAUCAUGCAGUUUUCAAUAUUGGCUCAGGACUUUGCCUCUAGUUACAGGCAGUCACCCAGCCACCCUGGCUUCCCACAUUUAUUAUUAACAUGUAAUGCAGUAACUUUAACAGGGCAACAAGGAGCAGAUCAAAACGAGGCUAGGGUUAAGGUUGAAAACUGUUGUGGAUCAGCUGUAAACACCCCCUGAUGACGUAGAAACUGUUCACGCCAAAUCAUUUUAAAGGAGCAGCGGCCUCACUCACUCAGUCUCAAACAUUUGGUUGUAGAGCUGGCUCAUGGCCACAAAUCCCUUUAUGUUUUUGUGUAAAUCUGGUUUCAUCAGUGCUUUGCUCUCACUUUCCAUAUCAUUUAAUGAAAUCAGGUUAAAUGUAUACAGAGAUUUGAAAUGUAGUAUACAGUUAUUUUUAGGAAAUGUUGCAUGAUAUUUUGGUAACUAGCUAAUAAAGAGACAAUAAAGUGUUUUUUGAUCCC